AUGGCAAAAAUGAAUUUCUCUUCCUACAUAUUAAUACUAACUUUUUCUUUGCUUUCUCAAGGCAUUUCACUUUCAGCAUCCAAGUCGAUAAGAAAUUUAGAAGAUGACAUGGUAUUUAAAACGUUGAGGCUGGGGAAAGCCUUUCAGAAGGAAGAUACCGCAGAAAAAUCAAUUGUUGUUCCUUCCCUGGAGCAAUAUAAAAAUGAUGAGAGCAGUUUCAUGAAUGAUGAAGAAAACAAAAAUUCAAAGAAUGCAGGUUCCAAACAUAAUUUCUUAAAUCAUGGCCUGCCACUGAAUCUGGCUAUAAAACCUUAUCUUGCACUAAAAGGAUCUGUAGCUUUUCCAGCUGAGAAUGAAGUUCAAAAUACUGAAUCAACACAAGAAAAGAGAGAAAUUGGGGAUGAAGAAAACUCAGCUAAAUUUCCUAUAGGAAGGAGAGAUUUUGACAUGCUCAGGUGUAUGCUGGGAAGAGUCUAUCGACCUUGUUGGCAAGUCUGA